AUGGCCUCCUCCUGUACCUCUUCAUCGUCAAAGCCAUGCGUCGUUGACGGUUGUAAAUUAUCAGCACGCGGGAUUUGCGAUUGCUGUUUACAAAAUUUAUGCCGUACACAUUGGCAUGAACAUGCAGAUCUAGUUAAUGUUCAACUCAAUCCAUUGGUCGAUGAAAUUAAUACUCUUGCAGAUGAUUUUGCUCGACCUAAAGAGCAGCAAAAUUUUCUAGACAUCAAGACGAAACUGGAUGUGUGGAGACAAGAAGCAGUAAGUACAAUUAAUGAAUAUUAUGAGAGAAAAUGUCGAGAACUAGAUACAGUAAUGACAAUUGAAAUGAAUGAACAACGGGAAGAAGUGGAGAGAAAGAGAGUUUAUGUGGCUGAAUUAAUACGUGAAAAAGAUGCCACAAGGGAGAAAAUUGAUUCGUUGACAAAGAUUAUGAUUGCUCUAGAUAAACUUGAACAACAAACGGUACUAGUAAAUCUGGAAAUUCGACCAUUGAAAAUUGAUGAAAAUUCUAUUAGUAUUAACAAAGGAGCAGUAAAAGAUGCAGCACUUAUAUCAUUUCAAUUAGGAAAACCAUAUAAAUCACUCGAACUGACAAAGUGUGAUUCAAGUGCCCUUGGCACUAAUGGACAAUAUAUUCUUGUACAUAAGGAGCCAAAUAUCUGUCUUCUCGAUGAAGAUCUUCAGAUUAAGAUGCAAGCACAGUGGACUUAUAAUAAUCAUGGUUGUAUCAAUCAUAUAUGUUGGAGUUCUUCUGUUGAGAAAUUCAUUCUAGCAGCAUACCACGGUCUAUUUAGUUUUGAUACAAAGACGAGAAAGAUUGAAAAAUUACUGAAUGAAUACCAUAUGACUUGCACUUGUUCACCAGAUUCUAUAUAUUUGGUUGACGAAAGUUUCAAUAAAAUAAUAAAAUAUCUUGUAGCUGCCUUGAGCUUAUCGCCUCCACCGAAAUCCGUUUAUGAAUAUACAGAGAACGAAUACGUUGAAAGUAUGGCAUACAACAAUUCAAAACUUGCUUUGGUCGUUGUCAAUCGCCAGGGUCAUACAAGUUUCGGUCGCGUUGAUGUUUUAUCUACGCCAUCAUACGAUCGAACAUUUUCUUUUUCCCUUGAACCGGCUAACGUACUGAAUUGUGCACUAAAAAUUAUAUCUUUUGGAGUACGCGGCUGGCUAAUAGUCUAUCCACAAACAUGUCAAUUGCAGGAGAUCACACAAGAUGGACAAAACAGACAAAUGGCAACUUAUGCUAGUGAUAUCCCGUGGAAUGCUGUUUUUGUAGGAGAUAGGACGUUAGCUAUAUCAACAAGCAGUGGUAUUUGUCUUCACAAACUGUUGUAA